AUGGCGCCAUCAGACACCAUCAUCGACGCACAGAGCGUUCAGAGUGCACAUGCCUCGGAGAAACAGGCCGGAUCCCCUCCCAAAGAGAAGGGUGACAUUGCCCUGGGGCUGGCCAAUGAGCUGGAUGCGGGAUAUGAGCUUUCCCCAGCCUUGGAGCGCCGGGUGCUGCGCAAGAUCGACUUCAUCUUGCUACCGCUCAUCUCAUGCACGGCUGUCUUGUCCUUCUUGGACAAGGUGUCGAAUAAUUUUGCUAAUAACUAUGGCCUCUCGGUUGCUCUUGGGAUGCGUGGCGACCAGUUCUCCUGGAGUGCCUCUAUCUUCUACUUUGCCUUUCUUGUCUGGCAGCCGGCCGUUUCCUACAUGACCCAACACUUUCCUCUUGGUAAAGUUGUCGCAGUCAAUUGCGUCGGCUGGGGCCUCAUGGUUCUGGGACAAGGCUUCGUCAAGAAUUACGCAGGGUUUCUUGUCCUGCGAUUCUUCCAGGGCCUUUUCGAAGCUUGCGUACUACCGACCUUCCAGAUGAUGUGCUCUAUCUGGUGGACGCGAGAAGAACAAUCCUUGCGUACCGCCUUCUGGUUCAACUCGCUUUCUGGUGUCCUCAGCGGCUUAUUCGCUUAUGCGAUCGGUCAAUGGCACGUUCAACCUGGGUUCAAACUCUACCAAUACCUCUACAUAACGUAUGGCUCCUUCACAUGCGGCUGGGGAAUCAUGCUCUUCUUCGCUCUGCCAGACUCACCUGUUACGGCGUGGUUUCUGAACCACGAGGAACGGCUCGCUGCCGUGGCUCGUGUCAGCAGGAACCAAACGGGCAUGAUCAAUCGCGAAUUCAAGAGGGAACAGGCUAUCGAGGCGCUUCUGGACUUUAAGACGUGGUAUUACGUCUUCUUUGCUUUUGUCUCAAAUAUUGUCAACGGUGGUCUAAACGCCUUCUCGACAGUUCUCAUCAAAGGCUUCGGUUUCAGUGAGUUCUUCCACUCGUCUUCCGAGAAUGUUCUUUGUAUUACAGCAGCGGAAUCAAGAGUUGCGUGUACUACAUUCUUGUUGUCUUCGUUGACUGACGAGUUCCAUCCAGGUGCUCUCGACACGACCCUUCUCUCAAUGCCCCACGGCUUCAUCUCCACUGCGGUCAAUAUCGUCAUUGGUCUUUUCAUUUCGUAUACUUUGAACAAUCGUCUGUUCUACAUGUCCGCCAUUAUCCUGAUCCCUAUUGCGGGCACCGCUAUUCAGUUUGCUCUUUUCGGUGGCGCACGAGGCCCUCGUCUGCUGGGAUACUAUCUCACCGGCGCGUACAACUCGCCUUACGUUAUGCUUCUUGCCCUUAUUGCCUCCAAUACAGCUGGAACAACGAAGAAAGUCGUCGUCAGUGGCAUGGUCUGGGUAUCCUACUGUGUCGGAAACAUUGUCGGGCCUUUCUUCUUCCGCGACGAGGACAAGCCGCUGUAUCGAAUGGGUGUUGGGAUGAUGCUCGGUAGCUUUGCUCUGCAAGCGUUUCUGUCCCUCGGGUUUCGUGGAUAUUUGAUGUGGCUGAACAAGCAGAAGGACAGGGAGGCGGAUGCGGUCCGGGAUCAGGAGGAGGACAAUGCCGCCCAUGCUUUUGCAGACUUGACGGACAAGCAGAACAAGUCAUUCCGGUACACCUAUUAG